CUCGCGCAAAUCAGCGAGUGGUCUUCUGUGCCCUACGGUAACGCAAGAAAGAAGUCUCGCGAGGCUGGAGGGCUCUGGGAGCGCUGGUCCAAGGCGGUCAGCCGAGGUUUCUCCAGUGCCGGUGAUGGGGAUGAGUCCUGCUGGCUUCCUAGCGACUUUUCUCCCGUUUCUGUCUGGUUAUGCGUUUGCUCGCUGAAGAGGCCGAAUAGGGGCGUGGAGUCGUCUUCCCUUGAAUGCAGAGGUCCAAGUUGGUAGAGGCUUUGAGUCCUAAUCGCUACAGCUGACGGCUGCGAGGGAUUGAGAGCCGAAAAUGAGUUGCACAAUUGAGAAGGCACUUGCUGAUGCUAAAGCUCUUGUUGAAAGACUGAGAGAUCACGACGAUGCCGCAGAAUCCCUGAUUGAGCAAACCACAGCUCUCAACAAGCGAGUGGAAGCCAUGAAGCAGUAUCAGGAAGAAAUUCAAGAACUUAAUGAAGUUGCAAGACAUCGGCCACGGUCCACAUUAGUCAUGGGAAUCCAGCAAGAAAACAGACAAAUCAGAGAAUUGCAACAAGAGAACAAAGAAUUGCGUACAUCCCUGGAAGAACAUCAGUCUGCCUUAGAACUUAUAAUGAGCAAGUAUCGAGAACAAAUGUUUAGAUUGCUAAUGGCUAGCAAAAAAGAUGAUCCAGGUAUAAUUAUGAAGUUAAAAGAACAGCACUCCAAGAUUGACAUGGUACAUCGUAACAGCUCCGAAGGAUUCUUCCUUGAUGCAUCUCGACACAUCCUUGAAGCACCUCAACAUGGACUGGAGAGGAGGCACUUGGAAGCAAAUCAGAAUGAACUACAGGCACAUGUUGACCAGAUAACUGAAAUGGCAGCAGUCAUGAGGAAAGCCAUUGAAAUUGAUGAGCAACAAGGUUGCAAGGAACAGGAACGGAUAUUUCAACUGGAACAAGAAAACAGAGGCUUGAGAGAGAUCCUUCAAAUAACUCGAGAAUCAUUUUUGAAUCUGAGGAAAGAUGAUGCAUCAGAAAGUACUACUUUAUCAGCAUUAGUGACCAAUAGUGACCUGAGUCUGAGGAAGAGCUGAAGAGCUGCCAAGUCUGUGAGCUUCUUAAAUGGCUCCAAAUGGUCACUAGGACUGGCCUAUAAGUAAAUGAAUGAAUGAACGAACAGGAAACUCAAUCUGAACACUUUGUUUUUUUCCUCUAUAAUAUGUACAGUGCACUGGCUAUGAGAUAGCAACAAAAAAUGCAUAGUUAAUGGUCAUGGACUUUAUUCCAAAAUAUAAUUGAAAAGUAGAAACUGAGCCAUUGUUAAAUGGUAAACAAAUGAAAGGCUUUUGCAGUGACUGCUGAACAUAUUAAGAGCAUUCAGCAGUGCUGCUGGCUUUCUGGAUAAUACUUAAAUAAGUUGAAUAUUCCCAGUAAAUGCUUGGGAAUUCAUAGACUUAUUUCAGUUUAAAAAUAAGAAUUUUUGCCACUGUUUUGUGAUUAGAUUUUCAUACAGAUUUUAUCCUUCCUGUUUGGUGUCAAAGUUAACAACUAGCUUAUGUACCAUGAGACUGCAGCUUUAGUGAUUGCCUAUCUAAUUUGCCAUCAAUUUAAGUUUUUGUCAAAGAAAAUCCAGUUUUAAAGGCUGUAGGAAUGUCUUAUUUGCAGCAUAAACAAAAGAAGUAAUUUAAUUUUAGCUAAUUUACCUUAACUGAUACUUAGCUAACAACUGUCCACAACUUAAACUUAUGUGUAGGAAAUAUUUCAGGAAUGAAAGAGAAGGAAUACUACUUUCUAAGAAAGAAGAUCUUAUAACAGACAUUUAGUAGGUUAAACUACUCCUUUGAAAGAAUAAAUUUUGUUUCUACUUCAAUAAUAAAGAUGAGAUUUUUCUCUUCUCUCACUGAUGUUUAAGGAUUUUAUGUUUAUUUAGCUAACAGAGUUGAAAUGUUUGAUAUAGUAACGUAUAUAUGAUAAAUUUCAAAGUAAAUGAGAAAGCCUUUGGUUCAUAGAACCCCCCUUUUUAAGUAAUUACUCUUGAGGUACAGAAAUAGUAAAUUAAAAAUUUCCAAAAAUUCUAGAUCUGUUUUUAAGCUCCAUCUUAUCCUUAUAACCAGUAAGAUUUUUCUUAGUACCUUUCAGUUGAAAGAGGUAGAAAAAUCUGUGGAUUUAUAAGUAUUCAUUUUCUUUUUUUUAAUAUCAAAUAUUCAGUAGGUAAAAUUUUUUAAAGACCACCAGAUAAUGUGCUUUAACAUCAGUUGAAACUUAAAUUUUUCUUAGGGGGAUUGUAGAAUAAAAGGAUAAAAGUAUUAAAUGUGAUUUACUAUAUUAUACUUAUUUACAUAAAAAAAUACUAUAAAGUUAGCACAAAUAGAAAAAUUCUACUUUUGAGUAUAUAAUUUGUUUUAAAAAAUUACUUCAUGUAAUUUUUAUGAAUAAUUUCAUAUAUUGGUAAAAUUUAGAACUACUUUUCACUUCAGAAUUUUUCUAUCUUUAAGUUUGGAAUGAAUGGGGAAGAUGGGGCUGAUUAAAAAGGGCUAAUGGCCCAAACAUUACAUAGAUUUCUUUUCUCAUUCAGAGGCCUUAAUUAAUAUUUUGUAAGUAAAUGACUGUUUUUAUUUUUAAACUUUUCUAUUCAUUUUUGGGAAGGCAUCCCUUAAUUUAAGGACACAUUAUUCAAAUAGUUUUUAUCCCAGGUAAGAAUUACAGAAAAUAAGCUACAUAAUUGAGAUUAAGUCUGAGGCAAUUCACUGAGGCAGCUCCAUAAUAAAAUGUUACUUGAUAAAUAAUUAUUUUUGUAAAUAAUUGUUGAGUUAAUUUAUUCUUGGUCUUUUUGUGGUCUUGGUGUUUAAAGACAUUUACUUUGUUUUCCAUCCCAUACGUUUUUUGUUGUUAAACAGAACCUUAAAUUUAUGUCUGAGAGUAUGUACUGCAUAGGAACCUAUUUUAUCAAUAAAGAUGAGUGAUUAAAAUUCA